AUGGUUUCGCCCUUUUGCCUAUGGGCCGUGUGGUGGGCGCUCCCGCUCACUUGCGCGAGGAGCGCGCUGAUGCAAGCUCAGAUGGCAGCCAAGGAAAGGGCGUGGUCGGCGAUGGCUGCAAACGCCUCUGCCUACCCUCACGUGGCGUCUGGCGCUGCGCAGUGCGUCGACGGCGUUGCCGCUGGGGAGUUUAGCUGCUCUGGCGUGGACAUGCUGUCCCUGACGCCGCGCACGGCGCUCCACGUGGGCACAGCAGACUUUUGCUCCGACCUAUGGGGCUGGGUCCACCCAACGACUGGCGUCGAGUACGCCCUUCUCGGCAUGCUCGACGGCGUCGCGUUUCUCGACAUCUCAGAGCCGACUAGGCCGCAAGCCGUCGGCUGGCUACCGGGCGCCGGCUCGCCGGCGGGUGGGUCGUGGUGGCGCGAUGUCAAGACGUUCCGCCACUACGCGCUGAUCGUCUCCGAUGACAUCGAAAACUCGGGGCUGCAGGUCCUUGACUUGCUGACUCUGCCAGACAAGUCCAGCCUCGACCCGACUCUGCCGCCGCCGACGCUCGCGCCCAGCGCCGAAUACCACGGCUUUAGCCGGGCCCACAACAUCAUCGUCUCGCCGGGCAAACCCUUUGCGUUCAUUGCUGGCUCUACGGGCUCAACGAGCGAGCCCUGCGGCCUGCAGGUUAUCGAUGUGUCUGACCCGACACGCCCAGAGCACGCUGCCUGCUACACGGGCGUCGGGUGGGUCCACGACGGUCAUUGCGUUGUGUACCACGGGCCCGACACGGAUCAUGUGGGCAAGGAGAUAUGCGUCACCUUCAACGCCGCCGGUGGACGCUACGAUGGCGGCGGCCUGGGGCCUGGCGACGUCUCGAUUCUCGAUGUGACCGACAAGCGCAACAUCCUCCUCCUCUCACGUUUCACCUACCCUGCCGUCGCCUACCCGCACCAAGGCUCGCUGCUGGAGGAUCACGCCAUCCUCGCGUUUGGCGACGAGCACGAUGAGGCACUCAGCGAGGACACUCUGCGCGAGGCGGAGAAGUAUCUCAUCGGCGACUCGUGGCGCGAGGCGCAGCGAAUGCCUGCCCUCGCGGCCGGACGAACGCGCACGCUGCUCUACGACAUCUCCGAUCUCGACCGUCCCUUGCCAAUCGGGGAGCACUACUCCGCAGAGACAGCCAUCGGCCACAACAUGUACGCGGCCAAAGGGUACUUGUGGCAGGCCAACUACUGCGCUGGGCUGCGGGUGGCCCAUUUCGACGUCAGCUCCGGCUGCGACACGAGCGAGUUCAUGGGCGCGUGGAGUGUCUACCCCUACCUCCCAUCCGGAAACCUUCUCGUUUCGGGGGUGGAGCGCGGGCUCUUCGUCCUCCGACCAAGCUUCCUCGCGGACGAGCACGCCACUGUGGUCGCUGCUGUGCACGCGCAAGACGACGUCACCGCGGCUGACGUGUCUUGCCUUGAGGUCACCAUCGUCGUCAUUCCCGGCUGGAGCGUGCGAAGAUCCGCACAAGACCCGCGCUUUUGUGUCGGAGAGAGGUUGCGUCAGCCGCCAGUCUUGUGGUGGGCGAUUGACACGGCGCUGGCGCCGUCCUACGUUUCCGGCUGCGCCGUCUCCCAUGAGUCGUGCCCGCAAAAGGACCUCGAGGACUGGUCGGGCGUCGACUCGCUCAUCUCGCCCGGUGUGUCGCUGUUUCUUCUGCUCGUCUGCCAGUUUCUACCCGUCCCCGACCACCCCCUCUUCAAGGCGGUGGCGCCGCCGCCGGAGGACGACGAUAAGUCUACCGAGCAGGUGGAGUCAUCCGUGAAUGCCGGGAUGGAGACGGCGCAAGCGUAA